GCGGAGUCGAGAUGACUUGGCGGCCAUAUUGAAUAUUCUGGUUGACAGUUGUCUAAAAGAAGCUCAGAAGAUUUUAGUUUUAUCAAAACUUAUGCUAGAAGUGAAGAUCUGUUGUGCUUUUAAGUUAGGACGUAUGUCUCUAGACUUGUAAUGGUUUGAUUUAACCCCAAGAGAUGGAUGACGGUGAACGGCAGAGGAAACUAGAAGCUGGAAGAGCUAAGAAAUCCUCCAACAUGCCCCGAAGCCAGUCGCUUGCUAGCUUCCGACAGAAGCGGGCGAAAGGCGACGGUGCGGGGGCGCCGAAAAAGACGCAGAAGAGGAAGGGCAAGGCAGACUCGCAGACUGACGGAGCAACGCAAGGCCGCCUCGUAGAACCGGCACUUUCUUCAGCCAAGGACACAGAGCUGAACAAGAAGACCAACCAUGAGGAACCCCAGAAGCCGGAGAAAUCGGAGGUUCAGAAGAACCAACGACAGAAGGAUCAGCCCCCCGCCCUGGAGCAAAGCCCGUCCCCUGUGGAAGAUUUGAAAGAAGAGGAGCUAGUCGCACUCACUGGCAAAGAGCAGCUCAAGCAGCUACAGCAGGCUGUGGAGAAGCGUAAUGAGAUAAUUGCUCGGCUCAGCUCCAACCUGCAGGAAGCCUUAGCCAGCAGAGACCAGGUACAACUGGAGGCACAGUCGCUUACUGGACAGAUUCAGGCGCUGCAGAUACAGCUCCAGCAGACCAGUGUUGAGUUUCUGCGCAUCAAAAGUCAGUCAGGGACUGAAGUCCUCAAAACUCAACAACAGCAACAGCAUGGCUGUUGCUCCCAAGAUGCAGACAUCAAUCAUAAGGAGGUACCAUCAGGGUUAUCAGGGAGUGCAGAUCCUGGCUCCCAGUCAAGUGUUGAAGGCUUCGGCACUGGCACAGACAGCGAGACAGACACCGUUCUGCACAAACUGAGGGUUGAGCUGGAAGAAGAAAGGGAGAAGAGCCAACGCAUAUGUGCUGAACUAGCGGAGGAGAUGGAGAAACACCAACAUGUGCUUUCUUCACUGGAGACGGAGAAGAAAGGCAGGGAAGAGGAGCGAACAGAAAGGGAGGCCCAGCUGCAAGACCUCCAGACCCAGCUGAGCUUAGUCCAAACCCAGUGCCUUGAGAUGCAGCAGUACAAAGAGGAGAAGGAGAAGCUGAACAGAGAAGUGCUGGAGCUGAGGAAAAGGCUCCAGGAGGAAGACGAUGCAGAGAGGAGAUUCAGCGAGGAGGUGGCCAGCUCUGCUCUUCGUCUACAGGGACAGGAGGAGGAGAUGCAGAGGCUCAGAGAGGAGGUGGAGGGAGUUAGGCAGUUGUUGGAGGAGAGGGAGAAAGAGUUGAAGUUUAGAGAGGAAGAGGUCAUAGGACUCAAAGCUUCUAAGAAUCGACAGAACCAAGCAAAAGCUGGUUUUAGUCGUGAUGAAAAGAUUAGUGUAGAUGAGGCCAAUCUGGAAAGCGGAUCGCAUGAGGACAGCAUGAAUGUAUCAAUACCUGCUGGGGAUAUUCUGAUGGAGCGCUACUUGUUUUCCGUUCCUCUUGCACACUCACAAUCUUCAGUGGUCAAUGAAAGCUUUGAACACUGCGGUCAGCUGGACAUCUCCGCAGACUGCAGUUUUGAGCUGAACAGCGAAGUGUUGGGAGAUGAGCCUCUGUUGUCCAUUUCAAACCGUUUCCCCGAAGAGAACGACAACCUCCACAACACCUCUACCCCACAGUGCUCCCCUGGCAUCCUCGAGGAUGAUAAUUCACACCCUCAGUCUCCAUCUCAGUGGUUUCACAACUCCUCUUCCGGCGAGCUGGAGAUGAGUAAACUGUCCGAGCAGCAGUUUGAGGAGACAGACCUGGAAAAAGAGCUGCUGAAUCAGCAGUGUGGGGAGCUCCGCGAGGACCUGCUUCUCAAGGACCGGGACUUGAAUGUGUUGAGGGAGGAAGUCAUCAACGGUGCUGAAGAGCUGGAGGAGGCCAGGAGCAGGUGGGCCCAAGUAACAGAAGAGCUCAGACAGGCUCUCUGGGAACUCGAAGAGGAGAAGGAGAAGAGGAGACAUAUUGAGGAGGAGAUGAACUUGAAAGCCCAUGAACAAGACAACCUGAAGAACAAACUCAGUGCCUUAAUGGAGGAAAGAGAAAAAGAAAAUGCAGUAAUGUUGAUGGGAAAGGAAACUGCUGAAACCUCCCUGCUGGUCCCUGCUACUUCUCCAUCAGAGGGGGAAGAUAAGCUGGUAGGGGAGCUAAAAAAUGAACAGGAGAAGGAGGCUGCACUCCCGUCUCAUCAAAACCAGCAGGAGCUGCUGUUGUUGUCUCUGCAGGAGAUAAAGCAGCCUGCAAUCUCUGCCAAACAGAACCCAGAGCUCAGAGAUGACAGCCAGCUGCAAACACUACAGGCUCAAUGUGAACAUCUCAUGUCAGAGCUAGAGAAGACGAAAACCACAGCAGACCUUCUAGGUCAAAGGACUACGGAGCUGGACGAAGCACUAAAGGAGCUCAAAACUACUCGUGCACAGGUAGUAAAAGUUCAAGCAGAAGUGGAAAAACUGCUGGACGAGUUGGAGAAGAGCCAGGGCCGUCUGGAGUGUGCUGAAAAAGAGAAGGAUGACCUGGAGUCUCAGGUCUUGUGUUUGAGACAAAACCUGGCCAACCUGGAGGAGGCCCAAGUCCAGGCAGCGCAGGAGAAAGAGGAGCACAGGAGGAAAGAGGAGGAGAUGGACGACAGGAUUAGGAAAAUGGAACAAGUCCUAGAGGAGGAACUGGAACAGUUUGAGAACCUGCUGAAAGCCAAAGAUGUCGAGUUGGUAGAAGAGAAGGAGAAAUGGGAGGAAGAGAGACAGGAGAAGCAGAAAGAGCUCCUUGAUGUGAGGCAACACCUGGAGGAGCAGAUGGGGGAGAGCGAGGAGGAGGUGAAGGCUCUCCUGCAGAAGCAGCUCAUGGCUGUAGAGGAGAUUACUAAAAGGCUCAAGACAUCUCACCAAGAGGAGAUAAAAGACCUGAUGGAGAAACAUCAGCAAGAGAUUUCUGAGUCGAACACUCAUCUGGAGUCAGAGCUGCUGAAGCGACAGGUCGUUAUGGAGGAAGAACAGAAGAGACAGAUCAGCCUAAUCAAACAGGUGACUGAACGUGAGCACGAGAGGAUGGUUUCAGAACUGACCGCCAAACACAAUGAGGAGCUUAGUCGACUGAGGACGGAGGUGUCCUUGGAGCUGAGGGACAGCAUGGAGGCUGCUCACCAGGCUGAACUGCAGCAGGCACAGGUCCAAAAGACCAGGGAGCUCGAAGCCCUGCGUCUGAGCCUGACCGACGUCCCCAUGUCCCAGCUGGAGCAGGAGUCCGCUCUCACCAAGGUCCAGACCUCUCUGAGGGAGACAUUUGCCCAGGAAUGUGCACUCCUGCAGGCCCGGCAUCAGUUAGAACUGGACCAGAUCGGACGGCAGAACCAGGAGCAGCAGGAGAGACUGCGUGAGCGGCACCAACAGGACAUGAAUGAGUUGAAGCAGCACUUGGAGACUCGCGUUGCUCAGGAGAAGGCUGCCAUGGAGGAAGAGCAGACAAAAGAAAUACAGGCUCUAAGGUCACAGUGGAAUAAGGACGCCGAGAGCACCCAGUCGAACCUCCAGACAUCUCUCUCAGAGACCCAGAACAGCCUUACUGCAACACAGACAGAACUCGCCAGCACCCAGGCCUCCCUCACCCAGACCAACAAAGCUCUAACUGAAGCCCAGGCAGCUCUGUCCCAGACCCAGUCAGAGCUGUUGGAGUCACGAGCCAGGACCCAGGAACUCCAGACCUCCAGUAAGGAGCAGAAAUGGAAACUGAAGGAGCUGAAACAAGCCUGGGCUGACAGAGAUGCUGCUGCCCAUGCUCUGGAGGAAUUGAUUUCCAGUCAUAGGGCAGUGCUGCAGGAGAAAGAGCAGCAAGUACUCCACCUACAGGAGAAGGAACAGCAACUGCACCAAGAGGUUUUGCGCCUUCAGGAGGAGAAAACCACACUAAAGCAGAGCUCAGAAUUAGAAGUAGGUCAGCUGUGGACCCAGCUGGAGAACAUGAGGACCAGUCGCCAUGAGUUAGGAGAGCUGAAGGAGCAGCUGCUCGCUCGCUCAUCUCGUGUCGAUGACAUUGAGCGCCUGAAGACAGAGUUUAAUGAACAGAAACGGGAAAUCAAAGAGCAGAAUGAGGCUGAGCUGGAAAGCCUGAGGAGGUACUUUGAGCAGCGAUUGCGGGCAACAGAGGAGAGCUACAGAGAGGAAAUUGCUCUUCUCCAGUUGAAGCUGGUGGAAAUUGCCUUGGAGGAAUCUGUGCUUAAAACGGCAGAUGACAGUUCCAUAUCUCAAGGCCAAGCUGAAGAAGAAAGAGAUGAUGUGCUUUCUGAUACUGACCUCAAACUGGAGAAACACAAGGAAUCAUUUGACAAUUUGCGCCUCCAGCUGGAGGAGAAACACACAAUGAAGCUUGCCAAUCUACAAUCCUCUAUGGCUCUUUCCUUUAAGGAAGAGCUGCGACAGGUGCGCUCAGACCUCACUGACCAAUACUAUAAAGAGCUGCAGGAGAAGAAGACUCGUCAUGCCCUGGAGCUGGAGCAACUCCGAGCCAAACUUUCUGACCGUCACUUACAAGAGCUUACCAGAGUUCGUUCGGAGGCAGCACGGCAGGUUGAGGUGGAGGUUGAACAGAGGAUGUGGUGUCACACUGAGGAGCUGCAGACAAGGAUGACCAUCAUCCACACUCUGGAGAACAGACUGGCUGCACUGAGUAAACAACAUGAUGCAGAACUGCAAAGGAACACACAAAAGUUGAAACAGGAGUUUGCUGGGGAGCUUGUUCAUCUUGAAGAAGCUCUUAAACAGGAGAGAGAGGAUGUGCAAGGGGAGAUGAAGAGGCUGAGCGAAGAGCUCCAAGAGAAGCAUGAAGCUGAGCUCUCUGCCCUGAGGUCAGAGCUUCACAGAGAGAUGGAGAGGGAGAGGACACGCCUUGAAAAAGCACUUCACGAGGAGAAAGAGAAGUUAAAGUCUCUACAGGCUGCACUGGACAACGAUGAGAGCCCUCAGGUCCUGAUGGUGCAGCAGAGACUCCAGGCCCAGUAUGACAGUGAGCUGCAAAGGGCAAAGAGCUGCAUGGCAACAGAAAUCAAGGAGCUGACUGCUCUCCUCCAGGAGCAGGGUGAGGAGCGGCUACGCCAAGUUCAAGAGAGGUUUCGAGAUGAAAAAGCAGCGCUGGAGCAAAGUUUGUCCCAAAAAUCUGAAAUGUCUCUGGCAGAGCUAAAGAACAAACAUCAAACUGAGUGGGAACAUGAGAGAGCAACACUACUGAACAAACACUCCCAAGAGAAGGACACUCUCAAUGCCAAACACAAAGCACAACAAGAUUCACUCGGUGCCAGUCACAGAGAUCAGCUCGCAGCUACGGCCGCCGAGCUUGAAUCCAAACACAACGCUGAGCUCGUUGCCUUGGAAGCAGCCCUCGAUUCCAAACGAAAGGCAGACCUUGAAAGUCUGGAGGCUGUUUUUCAGGAAAACAAUCAGGCUCAGCUGGAGGCUCUAGAAGCUGAGUUGACUUGCAAACACCAGGAAGAGAGGGAUGAACUGGAAAUGAGGAUGCUGGGUAAUAUGGACACUUUGGAGGCCACAUACCUGAAGGAAAUACAAACGCUGCGUGAUGAAAUGGUGCAACUUGAAGAGAGACAUCGUCAAAACCUGAAUCUCCAGAAGUCCCAACAUAAGCAGACAAUGGAGCGCCAUGCCGCAGAUCAGCUGUCCGUCAGGGAGGAGCUGAGGAAAGAGCUCGCUCAGGUGCACAUAGAGAAGUUUAGUGCCAUGGCAGCAGAGCUCAGCCACGUUCACAAGACGGAGCUGGCUGCUCAAAAAGAGGCUUUAGAUACUGAACACUGUGAAACCCUGGAGACCCUUAAGAAGCAGGUUUUAGAACUCGAGCAACAACACAGCGCUGCUCUUCAGGAGCUCUCACAUACCUACACUGCUGAGACAGAGCAACUCAUCGCUCAGCACCAGCUCCAGCUACAGGAGUUGAGGAGCGUCUCUGCGCGGGAAUUGGAGGCUUGUCGCCGGGAAAUUGAAGAGGAGUCGUCACGGCAACGUCAGCACUUCCUAGAAGAGGUGGAGCUCCUCAAAGUCCAAUCAGAGGAGAGGCUGCAUGACAGGAUUAAUCAACUGAAGACGGAGUUUGAGGAGCAGAAGGAAGCGGAGCUUGAGGACCUGAAGAGGCGCUUCACAUCUGAACAGGAGGAGAAGGAGCAGAGCUACACAGACAAGAUGAGCCAGCUCACUGUUCAACUGCAGCAGCUAGAUGCUGUGGUGGCCCAGCUGCGAGCAGAGGUUGGCUGUCUGCAGGGAGAGCUAAAGGGGAAGCGUGCAGAGAUGGAGACUUUGGACACUCUCCUCCAACGAAGGGAGCGGGAAGGUCAGGAGGGAGGCAACCUUCUGAAGAUGCUCACUGAUGACUUGCAGACUGCUAAAGAGGAAAGACGUAAACUGCACCAGGCCAAUGAAAAGCUGAGGAAGGUGCUGAUUGAGAUGAUUCGCAGCACCAUUGCAACAGAAGACCUGAUAGGACAAAAGAUCAGUGCCAGAGGCAAAACAUCUGAGCAGGUGACCCGUCAGAGGAGCUCAACAGGGAACAAAGAUGCACAAGAGUCAGGUAUUUCAGUUGCAGACCUGUCUUCAGAAGACAUGGAGCUGACCCAUCUGCUCUGUGAGAGCCUGCUGGUUUCAGAUACUCAGGUCAAGCCUGGUGGAGAAGAAGCAGCUCUGAAUGCCUGCAGCAGACUCCGUCACACUGUUGAAACACUACUGGAGCUGCUCAACCAGGCCAACACGCAGCUGGAGCAGACUCAUGAUGUCCACCUUUCUCUGGAGGAAAAGUUCUCUCAGGGCAGAGAGGACUCCGCCCAACUCAUUGAGCAACAUAAGCUCCUAUUGGUGCAGCUUGAUCAAGAGGCGAAGCUGAAGAGUCAACUCCAGCUGGAACUCCACAAGGCAGAGGGGCUUCUGGAGGGCUACGUGGCAGAGAAAGCAAUCCUAGAGGAGUCUCUGCAGAUGAAGGAGACACAAGAAGAGAGACUAGUGGAGGAGCUGGAGGACCUGAAGGUGAAGCUGCACCAGAUGCAGGCCCUCCCCAAAGAGCUGGAUAACCUCAGACUGAAGCAUCAGGAGCUCAGUGAGGAGCACGCACUUCUCCUUCGCCACAAGGAGCACCUCUCUGCUGAUCUCGGGGAGAGGGAGAAAGGCCAUUGGCUCAAUUUAGAUCCUGACACAGCUCUACUGGCAGAGACGGAGCUUUUAACCAAGGAUAGGCUGGACCUGCAGCGGCAGGCGGCGAAGGACCACAGCUCUCUGUCCCUGCGCCUCAGGGCCCUGGAGAGAGAGCUGGAAGAGCAGGAAACCAAGGGCCUGGAGACGGAGCAGCACCACAAGACCAACACCGAAGACCUCAACCAGCGCGUCCAAGCACUCGAGAAGCAGCUGAAACACGACAGGCAGUUUAUAGAGGAGCAAGCUGUGGAGCGUGAACACGAAAGAGACGAGUUCCAGCAGGAGAUCCGAAGCCUGGAGGCCCAACUCAGACAGACAGCCAGCGUGGAUAAUAAAGGACACAGGUUUGAGGACUUGGUUCUGCAGGUGGAGAGUCUACAAGCUAUCAUCAAAGACAAGACAGAGGACCAUGCCUCCUUGCUCGCAGCCAAUCAGCAAGCCCAGCGCGAUCUUGCAGAGCGCAACGAGGAGAUCGACAAGUUAGCCGGGCGAAUCAGAGAGCUGGAGCAAGCGCUGCUUAACAGCGCUGAGAGUAAUAGAUCUAACAGUCAACUGGAGCAAGAGCUCCACAGAGCAAAGCUGAGAGAACAGGAGCUCACACAAGAUAAGCAGGCGCUGGAGCAGCAGCAGCUGUCUAACAGGCUUCAGAUCUCCGCCCUGCAGUCCAAAGUGGAUGAGACGAGACACUGUUACCAUGACAACACGCGUGACCCCACCCAGGAGCUUAGCGAUGCCCUGGACACUGCUCAGCAGAGCCUACAGAGCAAAGAGCAAGAGGUUGAGGUUGUGCUUGGCCAACUGGAGACUGUGCAGAGGGACUUGAGCAUCAAAGAGGUUGAACUAAAACACCUCGCACUACAGCUGGAGCUACUGACCAAUCAGAAUGCAGCUCAGGUUAAUGAGCUCCAAGAACAGAUUGCUGCCCUAAAGGAGAAUGUGUCUGCUCUCACCAUACUCAAGGAGGAGAAAGAGGAACAUAGUGAGGUGGAGGACACAGAGGAAGAGACCCUCUCCUCAGCAUUACUCCAGGAGAAAAAUCAGGAGAUCGACCACCUCAACACUGAGAUUCAAAGACUGGAACAGGAGUUGGAGAACACCAGAGACAUCAAGGCUUUGGAGGCUGAGCUUGAAGAUCUGCGCUCACAGGUGGAACACCUUCAGUCUGAAAUCAUGAGAGUGCGUCAGGACAAACAGGAAGAGGAGGAGCGUCUUCAUGAGGUCAUUAGCACCCUGCAGGCUGAACUCGCCACAUUAGGCCCCAUCCUGCAUGAAGUCAGUGACUCUCAGGAUGGCGACAGCAUCAAUCCCUCGCCGGCUCCCAGCCCCGAACCUCACCACGAUACCAUCCAGGCACAAGCGAGGAGGGGAGGACCGAACAGCCUGAAGCAAGAGCUCAGUCUGAGUCACUCUGGCUCAUCUCGUCCCCUUCGAUCUCGUCUCAAGGCCCUCCAGAGUCAGCUGGAGACCGCGGUGGCAGAGAAAGAGGGACUAGAGCGAUUACUGCUCACCCAGGAGGACGAGUACAGAGGGCACGGGGAGGAGUUCGGAAAGAGGCUGACAGCUGAAAGGGAGAGGGCAAAUGAACUCCAAGUGGUCCUCUCCGUCAAAGAAGCUGAGCUGGAGGAAGUCAGAGCCCAGAAAGAAGAGGAGACGAAGAAGAAAAAACAACUAUCUGAAGAGGAGAGGGACACUUUCAAAAUUCAAGCACAAGAGAUGAGCGCCCUGCAGGAGAAGAACGCCCACCUCAGCUCUCAGAUUAUGGAGCUCCAAAAGAAAGAACAGGAGAGCAUGACCGAGAUCGAGACUCUAAAAACAAAAGAGCAGGAGAUGGAAAUGGAAAUGCAAGGCCUCCAAGACACCAGUCUCACUCUUGAGAGACAAGUCCAGGAGGUGAGAGCCGAGGUGGUGGACAUGGAGGAGAUGGUCGCUGAGGAAAGGACGAAGACUAAAACCCUCAAGACUGUGAAGGGGGAGCUUUUUGCUGAACGCGAGGCACUGAGGAGGAGGGAGGGGCAACUCCAGGAGGAAAUUGAAAGGCUCAGACAGGAUGUGACUUCAAUGAGAGCUUAUAUCCAGGACCUGACAGCUCGGCUCAAUGACAAGGAAAGCAGUCAAGAGGAGGCUCAAAAGGAAGUGCUGACUCAUGCUGAGGUGACCCUGGCUAAAGCAGACGCUGCCUUAAGACAGAGGGAGACUGAGCUCGCUGGACUGAGGGCAGAGCAUCAGGCUCUGAGGGCGGAGCUGACUGCAGUUAAACAGGGUCUGAGUACCAGCACAGAGAGGGCUGAGAAGCUACAUCAGGAAGGACAGACCAAAGACCGUGCCCUAGUUGACCUGGAGACUGAUAACCAGCGGCUGAAGGUGGAGCUUCAAGGUCUACAAGAAGACCUGGCUGUACAGGAAGAGGAACUAGCCUACCAGCAAAGAGAACUACAGCAACUCAGACAACACUGUCACCAGCAGGACACACUUCCUCACCAACAAGGAUACCCACAGAAGGAUAUUUCUCACGGAGCUUUUGAGGACAUUGUGAGCGUCUCUCGUGACGAAGCCUCUCUGAGCUCUCCGGAGGUUUUAAGGAGACUCGAAUGCCCCGAAGACAGAAUCCCAGACCGGUUCCACACCUCUGCUCUCUGCUCUCGUCUGUCCGAGUUCAGCACUCUGAACAGCACAGGCCUGGAUCUCCACCAGAACAAGACCUCUCCCAGGGUUCAGAUGGAGCCUCCACACUCCAGGACCAUCACACCAGAUCCAGCCACGCAGAGUACCCACUCCCCAGGAUCCGUGUCGGUGUCUGACAACUUCUCCAUGCUCGACUCACUGGACACUGACAAAGUUCGUGAGUUGGAAGAUCUUGACUUAACAGCGCCUCCAUCUCCUCUUGGCUCCACCUCGUCCUUGUCGGCACCAGAAUGGGCCAGUGAUGGAUACGGCAGCAAUGUGAGUUCAGAAUUGGGUGCGAGGCUGAGAGUGGAGCUGGAACAGACUGAAAGGCUGGAUGCUCAGUUUCUUGAGUAUCUGCGCUGCCGAGGAAUGAACCCCACAGUUAACACAGACAGUGCUGCGGGCAGUAUGAGCUACAGCGAUGACCUGUUGUCACCUGAGCUUCAGGCUCUGUUGAAGAAAGUGUAUCAAGAAAGCUGCCGAAUUCUCACUUUGUCCCAACGUCGUGCCACUUCCUCGACACAACCUCAUGUCUCGGACAUUAGAGCCUUUUCACUGAGUCAGAGAGAGUAUCAUUGUGGAGAUGGCCCCGUCAUAAUGGACCAUGGGGACAAUUCAUCCUCCCACGCUCCCAUGAGCUGGCAGCAGGAGAAGAGGGCACUGCAGGAGACUGUGAUUGCUCUCCGGGAGCUGCUCUGUCGAAUGGCCCAGAGAACCACACAAACUGACCACAGAGAUGAAGACGACAGGCAGGAUGAAUCUCAACUGAGGGCCGAGCUGGACGAGAGUCGGAAACAACUGAAAUGUGCUCAUGACACUCAGCAAGAGCAAAAGAACAAAAUACACUCAGCCAGGGUGGCUGUAGAAGAGGGUGAGGAAGCUUUGAGACGGGAGCAGACCACAGUCCAGGAGCUUCAACAACAACUGGAGCAGGAGAGAGCUCUGAGUCUCCGUAAGGAAAGAGAGGAAGAGGGGAAGAGAGAGGCUGUGCAAGCGUCCUCUGAGCAGCAGAGGUCAGAGGUCAUGGCUCUGAAGGGUCAGGUGGAACAGGAGAGGGUGGCCUGCAGCAACCUCAGACAGGAGCUUCAGAUUGAACAGUCUCGCAGUGUGCUGCUGGAGAAACGCCUAGACGACAUCCAGAAGGAGCGAGAAGAUGAACGCCAACUUUCUGCUAACCAACAAGAACUCCGCUCUCAAGACAAGACUCGUCUCGAGCGCCUCCUGACCGAAGCAGAAUCUCGCCUCUCAGAAGUUCACUCCAAGCUCGCAGAUGCUCACAGGAAGCUGGAUGAAGAGAGAGACCGUUGCUCCAGGCAGGUGGACGAACUCAGCCGCAGACACGAGGCGGAUGCUGCCAGAGACGGGAAGUUCAUCUCCGACAUGCGCGCCCAGCUAGUGCAGGAGCGAAGGCAAGGGGAGGAGCUGGUAGUUGUGAUGGACAAACUGAGGGCUGAGCUGCUGCAGAGCAGGAGGAAAUGGGAAGAGGAGGACAGAACGAGGAGGUUGGAGCUGCAGAGGGAGCAGGAGGCCGCCACCCGACAUCGCGUAGCUAUGGAGGCCUUGAAGGAGCAGAAAGAGGAAACCUGCCGUGCUUUAGAGGUGGAGCGAGAGCGCUACAGACACUACGGGGGCGAACUGGCCGAGCUGAAGGAGAGACUGCGACUGCUGAAGGACAAAGAGCGGGAGAGGGAGGAGCAGUGGGAGAGAGAGAAGAGGAAGGGGAGGCAAGAGCAGAUGGAGAGGGAGAGACGACAGGAGAGGACCAACAGCAAACUGUGUGAGUUGGAGUUGUUGAGGCAACAGGACCAGCAGCGCAUGCAGGAGCUGCAGCGUACUCUGGCAGAAUUGGAAAGAGAGGAGAGAGAGAUGGCAGCUCAGAGGCUGUCUGGACGAACCACAGGGCAGCAACACAAGGCUGCAUCUUCACAGCGUCUCCAGAGUGACCUCCAGGCCGGCAGCGCACAACAAAACCAGCAGACGCCGUCCGUGCCGUCAUCACCCAGUCUGCUGGAAAGGACGCUGAAGGAGAACUCGGAGCUGACGGAGCGCGUGACAUCACUGAGUCAGGAGAGAGCCACCCUAAAACAUAGACUCACCUGCCUGGAGCGACAGCUGCAGCGCUCGGAGAACGAGCUCGCCAAGGUCACCGCCGAAACUGAAAACAGACCCAUCCACGACGUGACCAGCAACAGCAAGAUGCAGCGUUUGUAUGAGCGCUACCUGCGUGCUGAGAGCUUCAGGAAAGCUUUGGUGUACCAGAAACGUUACCUGCUGCUGCUGUUGGGAAAUUUCCAGGAGUGUGAGCAGGCCACACUGUGUCUCAUCGCCCAUAUGGGGGCACGGCCGUCACCCCCGCUCUCCCAAAACAGACCCCUCGGACGAUUCAGGGCUGCUGUACAAGUUGUCAUUGCUGUCUCGAGAAUGAAGUUCCUGACCAAGAAAUGGCAGAGAGCGAUCAGAAGAUUAUCUGUAUCGGGGACCGUCAACGGGCAUGCUCCAGGGCCUAAAGCUGAAGUUUUAAGGCAACAACAACAACUAAGAUCAAAGUUUGACUCGCCACCAAACAGAGACAUCAGUGCCGUCCACAGAGACACAGUGUCCGCUCUCGUUCCACCCACAAAAUCACCCUUCAGGUUGCACAACAGGUCGUACUCCAGCACCACUCUGGUCUCGGAGAGUUCAAGAGGAACGUCUCAGGAUCCAGAGCGAUCUCUGACAGAAUAUAUCCACCAUCUAGAGAAAGUCCAGCAUCGGUUGGUGGGAGCAAGACAAGUAAGCAAGACUCAUUUAGCGCUGCCCCCUAAAGAGGAAAGGAGGAUACAGUCAGCCUGUUCCCCUGAUAUGAUUGGUUAUCGGCAGCGCUGGCUGCAGGAGAAUAGGACGUGGCUGUACCUGAGCUGCUUGUCGCCCCUUUACCUGAACGGUCCAGCUUCGUCUGCUCUCCAGCCCGACCCGAAGUUAUCCGACCGCUGAAUGAAUGAAUGUCUGCAUAUAAUCCUAAUCUGUCCAUGCCUUGUGUGAGAAAUAUGUAGAAAGGAUUAUCACGUGAUUUUAUAAGUAUAUAAAUUAUUUUUCAAUAUUUUCUAUUGUAAUUUUUCUACUGUCUGUACAAUAGUAUUUUGAAGGACCCUCUUGAGAUGUUGAAAGAACAAAUGUUUUUCAUUUUAAAUAGUGCUGUAUGUUAUUUUUCUACUAGUGUUUUUAUACGCUUUCGUGCUUGUAAAUAGGACUGAUGUUCAUUGUACGUGUCCAAAUUUGCACUGAUUUUUACUGGAACUCCCCGAUCAACAUAGCUAGUGAGCACAUUAUUGCAUAAAGGUGAACCAUAAUUGUUUUUUGUAUUAUCUAUGUUUCUACCAUAAAGUUGAUAAAUGUUUUAAACGUGUGUUUACAAACUAAA